UAUAAAACCCUCCGCCUUGCCCUUUCUCCACCCCUCUCUAUCGUCGAUUCCCAAUUCGCAACAACCCAAACAGGCCCGGUCCGGGUGGUGGCCGUUUCGAUUCGAUGCUUGUGGCCGCUUCUGCCGCCCAGCGAACGAGUCGCAGCCGGAUCCCGAGCCCGACUCACCCGAGGGCGCUCAGCCGCCGCUGAAGUCCGUCCUUCCCCAAGACGAAGGUCGUCGGCAUGGGUGAGCUCGCGGCGACGACCUCGCCUCCUCCGCCCGCGGCCGCCGCCGUGGUGCCCGUGGUCUUCGUCGACGGCGAGCAGAGCGUCGACCUGGGCACGGUCACCGUGCUGGGCGGCGUCAAGCGGCUGCAGGCCGUCGUGGCGGACCGCGUGGGCGUCGCGCCGCACCAGAUCUCGGCGUCCCUGGCGCGGCCCCGCCGCGCGCGCCGCGUGCCGCUCGACGACGCCACCGACCUCGCCGCCGCCGUCGCGCGGGAGGGCAACGGCUGCUACGUCGUCGCGGGGCUCCGCCGCUCCCGCCGCGAGCGCCGGGGCGGACGGUCCCGCCGCGACAGGAAGGGGGGAGCCAACGGCGGCGCGCCAGGGACGGGUGCGGUGGAGAAGACCAUCCUGAAGCGCCUCCCGCCCACGGAUCUGGCGUCCCUGGUCGGCCCUCCCCCUCCGCUUUCCCUUCCCGCAGCCCCGACCCCGCCGCUCUUGGUCGACGGCGGGUGGGGCUACGACGACUACGAGGCGCGGCUGCGGGAGCUGCAGCGUCAGCGCGACUGGUACCUGAUGAGCACCGCGGCGGCGGCGGCGGGUCCGGACCCGUCCUACUUCCAUUUGGCGGCGGCGGCGGCCGAGCACGAGGACCCGGCGGCGCUGUGGUCCCCGCGGCUUCGCCCGUCCCCGUGCCCCGAGUGCGAGGCGGCGGCGGCGGCGGGCAUGCGGCAGCCGGCGUUCCACUGGUGCGUGCGCGACGCGGUGGUCUCCGUGGGGUUCCGCUCCCACGUGGGCCCCAUCGAGCGCCCGCCGAAGAAGACCCCGUCUCCCCCGCCGACUCUGCCGCCGCCGAGCCCCGGCCGCCUGCCGGGCCUCCUCGGCAUGCCCGUCUACUGAUGGAUCGACCCAGCAGCUGAUUGCUCCUCCAUCUCCAUGCGCCGCCCCGUCGUCCCCUUGUACUCUAGCAAAUUGUAUCUACUCCUACACAAACAAGGGGAGAGAUGGGAUCGGGGACGGAUGGUGGAGGUUGCGUGUGGGAGUUGGUUUGCGCAGCGCGACAAGGAGGAAGAGAAGGAUUUGGGUUCCUGUAGGAGCUAGUAGUCACAGUAGCAAUCGUCCGGUCCUCCUUGGUGUGCAAGGAAGCCAAGGGAACGGAACGGAACGGAACGGAAUGAAGUCAGACGUGGUGGCCACCGGUGGAAGCUGGACGGACACGUUUGCUCUUGGCCCUGUCCGGCCCGCGGCAGCCGGCCGGCCGGCAGGGCUUCCCCUUGUUCUGGCAGUAGAAAAGCCUUUUCUUUUUUCUUUUUCCUGUGGUGGUGGUGGGUGCGUGCCUGAGCAAUGUGGCAUGGGCGAGUCCAGGGCCAAUAUUUAUGGACUCCUCUUUUGUUUUUCCUUUCUGAGAGAAAAGAGAGGGAGAGGAUUUGUUUCUGGUAUAUCGAAGUGGUAUACUAUGCACAAGGCUUCUAGUAGUAGUGUGAGUGAAACUUGUCUCGUGCCCUUUCUUUUUUUUCUGGCGGGUACACAUGCUUAUCCGCUGGUACGUGUUGGUCACGACGUGCGAGGAGUCAUGCUUCGAGUCUUUCUUUCUUCCCCCACCCUGUGUGUGUGUGAUGUCACAAAGUGGUAAUAAAAAGGGUAAGAUCGAUUGCCGACA